UGGCAAUAAGGAUGGGACGAGCGCCAUGCUGUGAGAAGGUGGGAAUGAAGAAGGGGCGAUGGACGGCAGAGGAAGACCAGAUUCUCUCUGACUACAUCCGGUCCAAUGGCGAAGGCUCGUGGCGUGCUCUUCCCAAAAAUGCCGGGCUGAAAAGAUGUGGAAAGAGCUGUAGAUUGAGAUGGAUAAACUAUCUGAGGUCAGACCUCAAGAGAGGAAACAUAACACCCGAAGAAGAGGACCUCAUUGUUAAGUUGCAUUCUACUUUGGGAAACAGGUGGUCGAUAAUUGCGAGUAAGCUACCAGGAAGAACAGACAACGAAAUUAAAAACUAUUGGAACUCUCACCUCAGCCGUAAACUCCACAAUUUCAUCAAGAAAUCAACCGUGGCUAACAUCGUGGUUAAUGUUCAUCCCCAUCCCUCUAUGCCGCCGCCUAAUCGUAGACCCGGAAGAACCAGCAGAUCGGCCAUGAAACCCAAAUUUACUUCAAACCCUGAAAACAGCAAAAACCCUGCUAAUAAUCAUGUGAAGGCAAACCAAAACAACGUUGAUUUGCCCAUGGCUACAAAGAAGAAUGGAGAAGAAGGCGAAAAAGAGGCAUUAAAUGUGUUGUCAAGUUGUAGCAUGAGUGGAGCCGAGAGAGCUGGUUUGGUACCACGUGACUACGAUGGUUAUUGUAACAAGAGCAUUAAUGAGGACGAUGGAGUUUUGUGUUUCAAUGACGACAUCUUUGAUACUUGUUUUCUAUCGAACGAGUCUGAUGCUGUGAACGUGUUCCCAUCUGAGUCGAACAAUCUAGAGGACUCCAACCAAAAGAAAGGGUUCGCCGCUAGUCAUAUAGACACGAUGGCUGAUGGUUUCAUUGACUGGGACUAUGUUUGUGGAGAUGGUCAAUCCAUUUGUGACGAUGGUUCGGUUUUCUCGUGGCUGUUAGAGGGUGAGAAAUUGGAAUCUAACGGCUUCGGAGAACCGUUGGAUAUUGACGAGGAAAACGCGAUGUUUGCAUGGCUUUUUUCUUGA